AUGGCCUCGGCGGCCGGCCAGCUCCGCCACCAGCCCGGGACUUGCUGCAACGGGGCUUCUCCCGCGAGCCCGGAGGAAGGCGAGCAGCAGCAGCAGCUGCACCUGAAAAUGUGCAAGAAGAUCGCGCAGCUCACCAAGGUAAUCUAUGCUCUGAAUCUGAAGAACGAUGAGCAUGAAGCCACCAUCCAAGCUCUCAAGGAGGCCCAUCAAGAAGAGAUUCAGCACAUACUUGCUGAGACGAGGGAAGCCGCCCUCCAUUAUAAGAGGAAAGUAGAGAAGGAACAGGAGCUCCGGCAGCGGAUCCAGACCCUUGAAGAAGCGUUGGAGCAUUGCAGGCCGUUGAAAGAAAAAUCCCUGGGAGGGUUCACCACGCUCGGGCAUCAAGAAGACCAAAAGGCGCCACUGACUGAGAGUGAACAUGCUGUGGAGGAAAUUUCACUCCCCACGGAUACGUUACACAUGAAACCGGACUCCGAAAACAGAGUCCGGACUUCAAACCAGGAGUCAGACAGUCUCUUAAAUGAACCGGGGCCGUUUGAGGGAGAGAAACGGAAUAACAAAGGGGACUUAAAUGAAAAGGGCAACGUGGAAAUGUGGACUCUGAUCAGGGAGACGGAAGCCCUCAAGCGGGAGAACCAGAAAUUAGUAGAAGAAUAUGCCGAGAAAGCCUGCCAGCUCCGAGCCUCUCACGAGAGAGACAAAGAAACCUGGAGGAAAGCCACACAGCAGGCCCUGGCCGACUCAGGCCAAGAGUGGCAGCAAAGGGAAAGGGAGCAAAGGGCCCGUUUUGAGGCUCGAGAUGCAGCCUCACAGCAGCAGGUGAGGAAGCUGGAGGCCGACCUGGAGACCAAAGGCCAACGCCUCAGUGAGCUGAAGAAGCAUUCCCAGAAGCUGAAGGAGACGAUGCAGGACUUGGAACAGCAGCUCAUGGAAGCCCGGCACGUGACCACGGAGUCCAAGAGGGCCAUGAAAACACUGGAGGAGGAGCUGACGACAGCCAAAGAAAGACUCCUGAUGCAGGAGAACGAAAUUCUGCAGAAAACGGAGGCCAUGGAAAAGGUCCUGGAUUCCCAAAGCCAAGGCCGGGAUGAAGUGGGAGAUCUGAAAAGCCGGAUCCUGCACUUCCAGCAAGUCUCAUCCUCCAAGAGGAGCCCUGGAGGCAAAGACCCGCAGGAGGCUCAGGCGCAGUUCGAGGAGUUAAAAAAGAAACACGAGGAUGAAAUCAGGCAGCUGCAGAGAGAGAAAGACGCUAUGCGGGGAAAGCUCCAGGACCGUUCUCAGGAGGUCUUAAGGCUAGAGGAUUUCAUCAGACAAAACCGAGACAUCGCCAAAUAUGCAGAGUUUUUGAAACAUCUGGCCAGAAAGCCCAGCGAGAGGCAGCAAGAGUCCCAAGGUGCGUCUGCACAGCCGAAAAAUGUUUCCAAACAGCAUAAAGGCAGAACGAAAUGCAGGGAGCAGUCGGCAGCGACGUCAUGCACCAAGAGUGAAGAGAAACGAAGGUCAAACUCUGGAAGUGCACUGAAAAGGGAAGUGGAGCCAUCUCUUGCAAGUUCCCAAAAGGAGAACGCUAAAGAAAUGCAGCCUUUGCAGGAGGAAUGGGCUUCCCAAAAGGCAGAAUUGCAAGCUCAGGUGGCGCAGCUGAAGCAGACCUUAGAAGAGCAAGCAAGCGGUUUCCAGGGAGCCCUUUACGAACAGAAGCGACAGUCCGGUGCAGAGAAGGAAAAGCUCUUGCAAAAACUUGAAGACGUCGUGAAGCAAAGCCAAGAUGUUAAAGCGCAGCUGGAGGCCUCUCACCAGACCGCCCUAAAUCUCCUGGAGGAAAGCAAAAACCAGGAGCUCAAGGAGGCUGAAGAGCACUGGAAGAAGGAGUCUACGGAGAGCUGCAAGGCCCAGGAGGAGUCCUGCAGGCAGGAAGAGAAGGCAAGAGAGGCCUUGCAGAGUGAACUGGAGAAGAGAUGGCAGCAACAGUCGCUGUUGAUAGACUCUCUGAGAACGGAGCUGGCGGAGCAACGAGCAUCUUGCAUCCUUCACAAAAAAGAAAAAGACGAACUGCAGGAGGAGCUGAGGAGCGUGACGGUCCUGAAGAAGCAACAGGAAGAAAAAAACCAGGAUCAGGUAGAGUCUCUUAAGGACGAGGUGGUGAAAUGCCAGGCUGAAAUCUGCGGGCUCAAGAAGGAGAACGCCCUUUUGAAGGAGACGCUGGAUCUGCUGAGGGCAGAUGCAGCAUUACAGAAGCAAACAUCUGGAGAGCUUCAAGAGCCAGAGGGCCAGCACAGAAGAUUUAAAGAACUCGAAGAGACGCCGAGAAAGAAGGAGCCUCGGCCGGAAGAUCUACGUCUUAUAAGCUGCUUGCAAGAGAAACUGAAUGAAAAAGAAGAGAUGAUCAAAGAACUGAUGGAUGGCAGAAAUCUUCAGCCUCCCUUCGAGUCCAGCACCGGACCUCCUCGCAACCGGUCCUUUUCAUUUAACACAAACCCUUCCACGUGUCUGGCUCCAAUUGCAAAGCAGAAGAAGAAAAUGGACGACAUGCCCAGCCGUAUUGUCAGCGUUCCAAAUUUAGCCUCCUACGCAAAAAGCUUUCUGAGCGGCGACUUAAGACCGAAGAGGAACCCCCCUCAGAUUACAAAAUCGACAAGUUUAGAUCCGAGUCCUGGCUGCGUCCGAGUGUGCUAUCCACCGGUACAAGUGCUGGAGACCAAGCCAGGCCCACGUCUGCAGAGCAACGAAACGGCAAACCCCAAAGAUGCUCAGAAGCUGGACCCUCGACCCCAGGAGUGGUUUACCAAAUACUUCUCUUUCUGAGGAGGGCCAUUUCUAUAUCUGUAUGGAUGCCAUUCUUGUUGCUAU